ACAAAAACAAUGUGUUGGAGCAUUAUAAAUGGAAUUGUUGGAUUAAUUUCACUAAUGAGUGUAUUGAUAAGAGGAGUAGAAGGAGAUCUCUUACAGCAACCCAUUGUGCGUGUUGAAAUGGAUGACGCCGGCUUUCAUAGAUCCCUGACAUAUAGUGUGCAAUUUGAUUAUCCCCUGGCUGGCCAGGAUUGUGAAUAUAUGCUAUUGCAGCCAUUGCCGGCUGGCGUCUACAUAAGCACCGACGAAUUGGACGAUCUUCAGCGCCUCAGAAGGCUGCGGGCUGUCUAUCCCAAAUUUGUGGACAUUGAAGUGCCGGCUAUGCUUGGUCAACCCUUUAAUGUUUUGCUGGGUGGAGCUCCAAAGAUCACUGACACCCUAAUAUUGCCCAUACACUUUCGUUACCAUGCUCCCAGUGACAAGAGAACCAGUGUCACCGUAUCACUAGACACACCCGAACUCUAUCUCAAUUGUCCCCUUGGCGAUAAUGAGCUUAUUGACAAUGAAUUGGUUGCUCGUCCCGAUAAGCUAUACUGCCUGAAUGAGGCUCAAAGCAGUUUCGUUGAGCACUUGGUCAAGGUUGAGGCCGCAACUGGCGUGGAGAAUUGCAAUUGGAAGCAAAUCCAUGUGGAUUAUCAAUUGAAAGCUCCAUUGCGAGCUGAUAUUCCUAUUGGCAAUACUCGUGCCUAUUUGCCAGUGCUCUAUUCCACAAUUCUGCUUAGUUGGCUAAUGGUUAUUUGGACAAUGAUUCGUACCAGAGGCACAACAAGCCGCAUUAAUCAACGUUUGGAGGAGCAGCGUCAAUUGCAACAGAAAGUUAAGUAACAGGCAAUGAAGACGGUGCGAUUUCAUGUACAUACCGAAAAGUGAUCUCUAAAACUUUAAUAUAAACAGCGAUUGUAAAUAUUUAUUGCGAGAUAAACUAAAUAACUAUUUGGACAAGGCACGUCGGAAUCCCAAGGAAUGUCUGACUCUUAUCUUACUAGACCAGAAUGAACACAUAUUGAGGGCAAUUUAAAUUGUCUAAGGCUACAAACCAAAUAUCAAUUGUACUUUCUCUUAAAUUACUUCAUUUCGACAAUCUUUAUAAUAAUAAAAUAACUAGUCUAUGGUAAA